ACUCUCGUCAGUUUAUGUUGUUGUCAAUUUUCAUGGCGAUCUAAUUGUAUCUUAUUCAAUUGUUACUUAAUUUAAAUUGUUUAUUACUAAUUACAAUUAGUGUAAUCACUGUGAUUGAUUUUUGUAGUUGUUGUACUUUUCAUAUCUUUUGCCAUGAGGUUAACUUAUUCCCCUGAUUGGAUUUUUCUUACUGCUUUCUUAUUUGUAUUGAUAUUUGAAUCAUUAGCCGGGAGAGAUUUCUAUAAAAUAUUAGGGAUACCAAAAGAUGCUAAUCUUAAUCAAGUGAAAAAAGCUUACAGAAGAAUGGCCAAAGAAAUGCAUCCAGAUAGAAAUAAAGAUGAUCCGAAAGCUCAAGAAAAAUUUCAAGAUUUAGCUGCUGCAUAUGAGGUUCUAUCAGAUGCCGAUAAACGUAAAACUUAUGAUAGACAUGGGGAAGAAGGUCUUAAUAGAGAUUCUUUCGGAGGAAGUGACCCAUUCUCAAGUUUUUUCGGUGAUUUUGGUUUCUCAUUUUUUGGACAAGAAAAUAGAGAAGAACGAGAAACACCUAAAGGAGGUGAUGUUCUAAUGGACAUUUGGGUAACACUGGAAGAACUUUAUUCGGGUAAUUUUGUAGAACUUGUAAGAAAUAAGGUUGUCUUUAAACAAUCAAGUGGAACAAGAAAGUGUAAUUGUCGCCAAGAAAUGGUAACUCGGCAAUUGGGACCUGGUCGAUUUCAAAUGAUGCAACAAUCAGUCUGUGAUGAAUGUCCAAACUCAGAAUUAGUCAACGAAGAGAAACUAUUAGAAAUUGAGAUUGAAGCAGGAAUGAAAGACGGUCAAGAGCAAAAGAUCAGAGGUGAAGGUGAACCUCAUAUCGACGGUGAUCCAGGAGAUUUAGUAAUCAAGAUCAGAACAACUCCACAUCCAAUAUUUGAAAGGAGAGGUGAUGAUCUUUAUACCAAUGUAACCAUCUCCUUGACCGAUGCAUUAAUUGGCUUUGAGAUGACAAUUCCCCAUCUUGAUGGUCAUAAAGUGCAAGUUAAACGAGAUAAGAUUACCUGGCCUGGUGCUAGGAUGCGAAAACCCGGUGAAGGUAUGCCCAAUUAUGAGAAUAACCUUUCCCAUGGAACUUUAUUUAUCACCUUUGAUGUCGAUUUUCCCAAAGGUGAAUUAACAGAAGAAAUUAGAAAUCAAAUUAAAGCUCUUCUCCAAGAACCAUCAAAAACCAAAGCUUAUAAUGGUUUACGAGGCUACUAAUCAUCAACUGCUAAUUAGGAAGUAAAAAAGAUCAAAUUUCCAGAUUCAAUCUCUUCAUUUCUCAUCCUCUCAAUCAAACACAUACUUCAUACUCAUCAUACAAACAAUAAAUUUGUAUAAACUGGAAGAGUUUUUCUAAUCAUUUAAGUUAAACAAUUAAAAAAAACAAAAUGUACCAAAUAUACAAAAUGUAAUUCAAUCCUUUU